AAACAAAAACACACUUUCUGAUAAAAGUCCAGGUCCGCAUGAGUUUUGUCUUUGGUUUCGUGGUUUUGUCAAUUUUGUGUUCUCUACUUUGUGUUUCGAAUUUUCCUAGUUCCACAGUGUAUUAACUAUUCAGCUCAUCAAUUUUUAAAUGGUUGAUAGAACAGUACUCCAAAAGUUUCCAGGUUGUUAAAAAUGUCUAACAAAUUAGCCCCGAGCAGAAGCACAGUCUAUGUUUCGAAUCUUCCUUUUUCUUUGACAAACAAUGAUCUGCAUAAAUUAUUUGAAAAGUAUGGUAAAGUUGUCAAGGUCACCAUCGUCAAAGACCGCAUCAAGAGGCGUAGUAAAGGUGUUGCGUUCAUCCUAUUUUUGAACAAAGAGGACGCUCACCAUUGUGUAAAAGAAACAAAUAUGAAAGAUAUGUUUGGUAGAACCAUCAAAAGCAGUAUCGCUAAAGAUAAUGGGAGGAGUGCAGAAUUCAUCCGAAAACAAGUUUACACAGACAAGAGCUCCUGCUACGAGUGUGGGGAGGAAGGUCAUGUGAGUUAUAAAUGCCCAAAGAAUGCACUCGGUGAGAGAGAGCCACCGCCCAAGAAAGAGAAAGUUAGAAAGAAAAAGGAAAUGUCAGAAAAUAUGAAACAAUACCUUGCUGAUUCAGAUGAUGAUGAUUGGCGAGAAGAAAGGAAAAAACCGAAACCUGUAAAUGGUGAAACCAGCGAGGAGUCUGAAGGGGAAGAACCAGACUUAGAAACCCUAAGUGCAGCAAUUCAGAUGGAGAGGGAGCAAGCAGAGUCAAACAAAACUGGUGGGCCUUCAUCAACAUCAGAGGGAGAACCACAGCAGUUUGCAAAGAGGAAAAAGUUCAAGAAAAAUUCUUACUUCAGCGAUGAAGAGGAACUGAGUGAUUAAAGAAAGCUAGCAGCUACGAUGACGUUUUCUCUGUUGCCAUCUCUUCCAGCUAGAAUGUGACCUCGUCUGGCUGUCAAAAUCAAAAGUCUUCAAAGAGGACUUGGAAAAUUGACCUGCUGAAGGAGAAUUUUAGUGGGUUUUCUGAGGAUUGGUCCAACAUCUCUCAUCCAACAAAAUUUUCCUCUUCCAAAAACAAGCUGAAGAGUCGAAGAAUUUCAAUAAGUUGGGAUUGAAUUUUUUGAUUGUUGCGAUUUUCCUGACAGUGUUUAAUCGAAAUAUUAUCAGAAUCAAAAAUUGCAAUAGAAU